AGUGCAGCAACACUGUCUGUAUUGCUGCUUUGCAUACAUGCUCUUGUAUGUAAAUACAGUACUCAUGUUCUGAAUGCACUGAUCUCUGGAGGGAUGCAUUUGAAGCAUUUAUCACAACCUCCCUCCACCCACCCACCGAUUACUAGAUUAAUAGUCACUAAUAACCAUUAACAUGAACAUGCCAAAGUGCUUACACCCCCACCUCCCCAUCUCUCUCUCAUUUGCAAGGCAAAUGCACACCAGUACCACUCCCCUUCAUUUUUGAGCUUUAUGUAACCUCCCCUCUUGUAGUCUUCACAUCCAGCCUCUCAGCAUUAGGAGUUCUUCUGCUCUUGCUGUGGUGGCCAUCCAGUUUGCAGCCUCUGGCUCCCUAAGCAUGGCUGUUCAGCUUGUGUUAGCUCUGCUGGCUCUCUUCAGCCUGAGUGCUGCAUCUGAGCCUGACUGUGAAGAGCUCGUCAAACCUCUGUCACUCGAGGACCGGAGCCCGAUUUAUGGGAAAUGGAUUUUUCUUGCUGGGACCUCAGACAAUGAAGACUUCCUGAAGCACCUUAAAACUGUCAAUAACUCCUGGAUUGAAUUGUCACCCUCAUCUGACAGCAAUGUAGUGAAUCUGCGCUGGGGAGACAAAAUAGAUGGAAAAUGCAUUCAUGGGGAGACCAAUUCCACUUUUUCAGGAAACACCACUAAGGUGACUUUCAACUUUAACAUGUCCACGAGUGACCAUGUUGGGAAGUACCUGCAGACUUGCCGUGACUGCAUCCUGUGGACCGACAACUCUGAGAUGGUGACAAACGGGGAAGCAAAGAAAGGCCGAAACCUCUACUUCUUCACAAAGACUGGGAAAGUGGAGGAAUCUCAGAUGGAGGACUUCAAGAAACAGGCGGCCUGUCUCAAAUUUCUCUCCGAGUUCCACUUUGGAGAAAUAACAGAGCUGUGCCCUGAUGAGAAGGAGGCUGCCUCACCAGCAAACGAAGACUAACAAUAGAAAGAACACAUUUUAAAGGAAGUGCUGUCAUCUGUUCCCCGCACCGAUACUGAGACCUCUCCACAUCCCGAAGUUAUUCCACCAGUCAUAUUUGCAUGCCAGUGUGCUCUCUUAGAUGUGCUUAGUUAAGUCCCAGUGGCACUCACAUGUAUCACAGAUGUCUUGUUAGAUGUAAGGAGACCAUCCUCUUUACUCUGCAGGUUGGUUUGUUUGACACAGUUGAGAUUGUAUUUAAGAUUGCUCCUGCCUUGAAUAGACAAAGAGCUGCUUGGCCUACUGAAGUUAUUCCUUGUCAGAUUUGCCAUUUAGAUGUGCUUUUGUUGUAUUAAAGAGAAUUCAAGAGA